AUGUCUGUCGAAGGAAAGCCAGCGUUGGCUGAUGAAAAGGAGCAGCAAGGAGUCGUAGAUCCCGCACAAACCUACCAUUCCACCUUCAUCCAGUCUGAAGACGAAAAAAAGCUCAUUUGGAUAGAACGAAUUAAUGCACGUCUUCAAGGGUUACCCCAGGAUGCCCUCGGAGGUGACCCGACUGGUGUGCUGUUCGCCUGGGUGAAUUCGGUUUUCUUCUUCUCCUACAUCAUUUUUCAAGUACCUGCGACGGUCAUUUCCAAGCUUUAUCCUCCGUCUUACUGGAUGGCUGGUGCAGCGAUUGGAUGGGGAUUGUGCUCGACUUUGAUGGCUGCUGGGUUCGAUUACGGCGGGCUCGUGACCGCGAGAGUCGGCUUGGGAGUCUUCGAAGCUGCUUUCGGUCCGGCCAUCCCUCUCUACUUCUCCUUUUUUUAUACAAAGGCUGAGAUGGGUCUACGGAUGGCAUAUUGGUUUGGGUUUGCAGCUGUAGCAGGUGCAUUCGGAGGCCUAGUAGCAUUUGGUGUCCAGCAUGCCCAUUCAUCCGUUCAAAACUGGAGGCUUCUUUUCAUCAUUGAGGGCAUACCCGCUAUCAUAUUGGGAAUCGUUUGUCUCUUCUUUCUUCCCAAUCGUCCUGAAUCUACUGGAUUUUUCACCGAAAGUGAGCGAGAGCUUGCAGUCGAAAGGAUGAACAGAAGUACAAGUGGUGAUGUCGGUGCUGUAAUUAAUAAAAAACACGUCACUGCUGGACUCUUGGAUUGGAGGGUUCACGUUGGGGGUGUCAUAUAUUUCGGCGUCAAUAACGCCCUGGCAUCGUUAGCCGCCUUUUUACCAACAAUUAUCCAAACUUUUGGUUACACAAAUGCUAUUGCACAGCUACUUACAGUGCCACCUUACGCCGUGGCUGCCGUGGUGUUGACGUUGACUUCGUAUACCUCUGACAGGAUACAAAAUAGGGGAUUGUUUGUCGCAGCUUCAUGUGCUGUUGGUGCUAUUGGGUACCUGCUCCUUCUUACCGUACCCUACAACGUCCACGUUCGGUACUUUGCCGUAUUUUGCAUCACGAGUGGGACCUACACUGCUAUUGGUGUGAUAAUCGCAUGGUACGCGCAUAACCUCGGUUCUGAGACGAAAAAGGCAACUGGAAUACCGAUGUUUAUGGCUAUCGGACAGUGUGGUAGUAUCCUCGGGUCUCAUAUCUUCCCUACGACCGAUGGUCCGAGAUACAUCACUGGCUUCGCCGUUUCGUGUGGCCUCGAGUUCUUCGCCAUGUUAUGUGCUCUGAUUCUUUAUUUCUCGUACAAAUGGGACAAUCACUGCAGAGACAAAUUGUACGGUGUCCCAGAGGAAGACGCUCGUGUCGAUACAUCGGACCUUGCUGAUAAAGCACCAGCAUUCCGCUAUAUACCCUGA